AUGUCUGCCCUCAGCCCGCCUGAUCUCCCGCUCGCCUGCUCGGCAGUUACUGCAACGGUGAAUGCUCUUUUAACUGUAAAGCGGGCGCGGCAGCCGGUGAGCGGUCUUUGUUGUGUACGUCUGGACGAACUUUUCAUGGUUGUUGUUUCUGUUACUCCUGUUGAUGUGGCGGCGUCAUACUAUCCACAUGACAAAUUACUUCAUCUCGUUAUUUUUCGUUAUGCGGGAUUUUCGAUGGAUAAAUACAUACUCAUAAAGGAAAGUGUUGAGACACCUUCAGCCGAAUCUGAAGGCCGAGGGCUCGUGGCAGGGGGAAAGGCGGUGCCACGCCGAGGUGGGGUAAAUUUUACCGCAUUACGAUGUCUAAAGGCAGCACAGCCCUUCAGCAACCACAGUGUUUGUUUUUAUGGCGGUGAGCGUGGGACGACUGUGCCAAGGAUGCGCCUUGGUGAAGAGGUGCCUUUGAUCUCUCCCACCGAAGGAGGCAGUCGUGCGUGCGUGCGCUCGCCGGCAGCUUAUUACAAAGGCGAUGGCAACAACAACAGCACCAUGGCGGAUGAGGAGGCGGAGAAGGCGGACUUUUGA